AGAGAGAGAGAGAGAAGUGUCUCUCAAACCUAACUCUUUAUAAUAAUAAGAGAGAAGCUAUUGCUCUCCAUUAUUCACCCAUUUCUCCAAUCAAUCUCUCUCUCUCUUCUUAUAUUCUAUCUCUCUCUCAUACGAUCUGCAUAGCAUACGGAACAGAGCUAAUUGCUAAACUGUAACAAGAAGAUGAUUGGACAAAGCUUCCCUGAGGAUCUUGAUUGUGGCAACUUCUUUGACAACAUGGACGACAUUCUUGAUUUUCCCGGUGGUGAUAUCGACGUCGGUUUCGACAUAGACGACUCGGACUCUUUCCCUAACAUCUGGACCACUCAUCACGACACGUGGCCGGCCGCUUCUGAUCCUCUCUUCUCUUCCAACACAAACUCUGACUCUUCACCUGAGCUCUAUGUUCCGUUUGAAGAUAUUGUUAAGGUGGAAAGGCCACCAAGAUUUCUAGAGGAAUCUUUGGUUGAGAAGAAGGAAGAUUCGUUUUCAACGAACAUGGAUUCAUCGUCUUCUCAUGGCACAUUCAGGAGCUCAAGUCCAGUGUCGGUGCUGGAAAGCAGCUCCUCUUCGUCUCAAACGACCAACACAACCUCCCUUGUCCUCCCUGGAAAGCACGGUCGUCCUCGUACAAAACGCCCUCGUCCACAUGUCCAUGAGAAAGAUGGAGUCAAAGACAUCGUUGAUUCGUGCCUCAUCGUUAGAAUACCGAAGCAGUUUCUCUCCGACCACAGCAAGAUGAUCACUAAGAAGAAGAAGAAGAAGGCCAAGGUUACUUCUUCAUCUUCUUCUUCAGGGAUUGAUCUUGAAGUUAAUGGAAACAUCAACGUUGAUUCGUAUAGUUCAGAGCAAAAUCCAGUUAGGAAAUGUAUGCACUGUGAGAUCACCAAGACUCCACAGUGGAGGCUUGGCCCUAUGGGCCCAAAGACACUUUGCAACGCGUGUGGUGUGCGUUACAAGUCAGGAAGGCUUUUCCCGGAGUACCGUCCAGCUGCUAGUCCAACAUUCAUUCCAGCUCUUCACUCAAACUCACACAAGAAGGUGGCUGAAAUGAGAAGCAAGAGAUGCAAGGGUGGAAGCCACACAACCGAAGAGAAUGAUCUUCAAGAUUUGAUUCCGAACAAUGCCUACAUUGGUGUAGACUAAAACCAAGAAAGGUGAUUCAAUUUCCAAAUGUUGAAGUGUUUAGAGUUGAGAUGAGUAGGGAAGAGUCUCAGUGAGCAGAACAAUUUUAGAUUUAGAAGAGAUGAAUUAAGAGGAACAAUCAAUUAGAGGAGAUGAAAAGUUAGAAGAGAAUUGAUUGUGAUUGUAUUUUGUAUUUGUAGUGUGAAUGGGCAAAACAGAAGAUUUUGAAGACA